AUGACACAUCCCACCACUUCUUUAGUCUUCAGACGUACUGAUGGCGAUCUUCCGCGAACUAUCGAACAGUCGACCGAAGCCCUGCCUGCUCCAGAUGAGCUUGGCUCUCGCGAUGUGUUGAUCAAAAUCCAUGCCGUGUCGUUGAACUUCCGCGAUGUGGCUAUGUUGAACGGCAGAUACCCCGUGGAAGUUCAGCAGUAUGGCAUUCCAUGCUCAGAUUGCGCUGCCGAGGUCAUCGCCGUUGGGCCAGCCGUGCAGGACUUUGUCGUCGGAGACCGAGUGGCACCGAUUUUUGACCUAAAUAACCUGACAGGGCAUGAAGAUAAGCCGAUGCGAGCCCUGGGAGGAGACCACCCCGGCGUCCUCCGAGAAUAUGCUGUAUUUGACGAGGAAGUGCUUGUCCACCUGCCGAAACACUUGACAUGGGAAGAGGCAGCCACGCUUACUUGUGCUGGAGUUACGGCAUGGAACGCCCUGGACACUCCAACAUCAGCGCGCGAAGAGGCUGCUGCUCUUCUCCAAGGAACCGGGGGUGUGAGCCUGUUUGCACUUCUUCUUUGUCUUGCCAGCGGUAUCAAGCCGAUCAUCACUUCGUCUUCGGAUGAAAAGCUGGUAGCAAUCAAGAAGCUUGGUUCAAGUAUUCAUGGUAUCAACUAUAAAACAACAACCGACCAGAAAGCCGAAAUCCUUCAGGCUACGAACGGGAAGGGCGUGGACUUUGUCGUCAAUAAUACGGGUCCUGCAUCUAUCCCAGAUGAUAUUGGAUUCCUGCGCCAGAGGGGUGGCACGGUCUCGCUCGUAGGCUUUCUAGAAGGGGGGGGUUCCAACUGGGAACCCGGAGCAGUCAUGGCUUUGAUGAGCAAGGCUGCGAAACUGAAGUACGUCAUGGCUCCAGAAAUGAUUGUUGUGUUUACAUGGAUCCUUCUAUUUGGCGUUGCUGACAUUCGAUAUAGGGGCGUUGCCGUUGGCUCGAAGUUGGAUUACGAGCGCAUGAACGACUUUCUACAAGAGAAGAAUGUGAAUCUUGGUCCCAUCAUAGACCGAGUCUUUCCUUUCCAGGACUCCAAAGCGGCUUUCGAGUAUCUAUAUUCUGGGAAGCACGUGGGUAAAGUUGUCAUCAAGCUAUGA